AUGGUCAGAGAUUUGAACAAAGCUCUAAGGGAAGGUGUCUUCGGACUGCCUUGGUUUUUUGCUACAGCUCCUCAAAGAAAGUUGAAUGAAGUAAAACCAUAUAUUAUCGAGGGAUAUGAUAUUGUCCAUGUUUGUUCCGAAGUCGAUAACUUGAUUCCUCGAGGAAAGAAGGGGGAAAUGAGCAAAACUAAGCUGUCUUUAUACUUGGCAUCACAAUUAGUAUAUGGUCUGGCAUUGAUACUGGAAAGAAAAUUUAUGCUCUUAGAAGUUGAUGCCCAGUUAGUAUACGAAUCCUUCAUACGAAUCUCCUGUUUUGAUGAAUUGAGGGCGCCGCUAACAUCAACCAGACCGAAGAAAGGAAAAAGGAAAAGUAAAACUCAGUUGGAUGAUCUUCACAUCGAUUUCGAUGAGAGUUUCUUCAAAGCGGUAGACUUGCCAUUACCAAAUACUGAAUAUGCAACAACUGAUAUGGAUCUCAUUACAUUAAAAGAAGUCUCUCAUAAAAGAAGCUUACUUUUAGAUUCAUUUGAUCAUAGAAACGCAUUAGACAUAUUUGACGAGCAAACUUGUUUUCAAACUCAAACAAAUACCGAAAAGGAUAAACUCACCAAUCUGAAUUUCAGUGCUAAACAACUGAUGAAUGACGAGAUUUCUUUCUUUCUUCCCUCUAUCAAUAGCUCGUUUACUCGAAAAAAUCCCAUUAACCUUACUGCUAAGACUAGCACCCAAAAUAGUAAAGACGAAAUGAUGAACGGCGAAAUCAUCGAAAUAUCAACCACUGAGAAACACGUAUACUUGAAUAAUUCUGGAGAAAAUGAUGACUUGCUCAAAAUUUCUCAAGAACUUGUAAACUUGUCACCUCAACACACUCAAACAAGUUUAGCGGUCAUCAAACCGCUUCCUGACACUCCUAAGAGAAGAAGCUACGAGUCCUUGGAGUUUGAAUUGGAAGCUUUGAAACAUCCGUUCAAAUCUGUAGCGCCUGCCAGGAAACGUAAAUUGCUACGUGAUGAGAUUAUGCAAUUAACUUUUGACCAACUUCGAGCAAACAUGGAUGAUUUUUCGGACACUAUGAGUCGUCCCUCACUUUAUAAGGAGAAAAAAUAUCCAACAGCUGAGGAAUUAUUCAAUGUAGAACCUUAUUGGUAUCCUAAAAACUGUGUUCAGAGAACUUUAUUUAAAUCUUGUACCGCUCCACAUUGUGAUGAGCCUGGUCAACAAAAUCCAUCAUCGCAGAAGACUGUACAAGAUGAAUCUGAGGAGGAAAGAACAGAACCCCAAUCGUUUUUGUCUAAUUGGUUGAAUGCAAGGAAUGGUUAUAGUUAUAUAAGAGAAACACCUGAACGGAAUUGUUUUGAAAUUCUUAAUGCUACAACCCAGAAGGACAACUCUCUGAGCCAACCUGUUUUAGCUGGAAACAUACCCAAUCCCGAUUUCAAUGAAACUGUGAAAUCGAAUCUGAAAGAAUCUCAAGAAUUUUCUCCCAGUCAGCAGUUCAACUAUUUCGGUAGCAAAGCAAACCGAUCUGCAAAAGAAAGAAUAACGCUUGUGAUAAUUGAGAGUGUUCAGCCCAUUUUUUUAUCCCAAAUCUUCCCUGUCAAAUUAACUUCACGAAAAACUGCUGCUGCAGCAUUCCAAAGUGUUUUAGAAUUAUUGAAAGACGGCACAUUGGUUGUGGAGCAGCUUACUCCUUAUGGAGACAUCUGUCUGAAACGAUCCGGCCUGUAG